AUGGCUGCACCGAGCCCUGUCGCCAAGCUCCCCAGCGAAGCCUCCUGCCCAAUCUGCCUGGAGUAUUUCCGAGACCCCGUCUCCAUCCACUGCGGUCACAAUUUCUGCCGGGCGUGCAUCACCCGCUGCUGGGAGUGGUCCACGGCGAAUUUCUCCUGCCCGCAGUGCAAAGAGACGGCCCCGGAAAGAAGCUUUCGUCCCAGCCGGGAGCUGGCGAGGGUCCUUGAAAUAGCCAAGAGGUUGAGUUUGCAGGCAGCCAGAGGGGAGGCAGUGGAGGAGGAAGGAUGCGAGAGGCACCGGGAGCCUCUGAACAUCUUCUGCAAAGAUGACGAAACCUUCAUCUGCGUGAUCUGCCGGGAGUCCCGGGUGCACCGGGCUCACACCAUGCUUCCUGUGCAGGAGGCUGUCCAGGAAUACAAGGGACAAAUCCAAGCCCAUCUGCAAACACUGAAGGAGGACAGAGACAGACUCCUGGGCUUUCGAGAGGCUGAAAUGAGGAGAAACUGGGAGUAUUUAGAGAAGACCGAGGCCGAGCGGCAGAAGGUUUUGAGCACAUUUGAAGGGCUGCGUCUCUUCCUGGAGGACCAGGCACGUCACAUGCUGGCUCAGCUGGCGGACCUGGAGAGGGCCGUAGAGAAAAUGCAGGAAGAAAACAUCACCAACCUGACAAAGGAGAUCUCUCACCUGGAUACCCUGAUCCAGGAGAUGGAGGAGAAGUGCCAGCAGCCAGCAAGUAAAUUUCUGCAGGACAUCAGAGGCACCUUGAGCAGGUUUGGGAAGGAAAACUUCCAGCAGCCCACGUUGCUUCUUCCAGAGCUGGAAAAUAAAAUCAGUCACUUCAGGGAGAAAAAUAUUGCUCUAGAGGAGACUCUGAGGAACUUCAAAGACAUCCUGAUGUUUGAGCUGCCUGAAAAGAUGAAUGUGACCCUGGAUCCAGCCACGGCUCACCCCCAGCUCGCCGUGUCAGAGGACAGGAGGAGCGUGAGGUGGGAAGAUGCCCAGCAGGAUGCAUCUGAUGAGGGAUUUGGCCCCGAUCCCUCCGUGCUGGGCUGCGAGGGCAUCACCUCGGGGAGAUGCUGCUGGGAGGUAGAGGUGACACCCAAAGGCUCCUGGGCUGUCGGUGUGGCCAUGGAGUCUCUGAAGAGGAGGGAAGAGACCCCUGUGAGCCCCGAGAUUGAGCUGUGGUCUAUGGGUCUCUGUGAGGGCCAGUUUUGGGCUCUCACCUCCUAUGAGCGCACGCCGUUAUCCCAAAUCCAGGUCCCCAGAAGGGUCCGGAUCACCCUGGACUAUGAGAGGGGUCAGGUGGCUUUUUUUGAUGUCGAUAGGAAGGCCUUGAUCUUCAUUUUCUCAGCAGCCUCAUUCAAAGGGGAGAGUGUUCACCCCUGGUUCUUGGUGUGGAGCGAGGGGUCUCAGAUAACAUUGUGUCCCUGAAGCUCUUCCUUCUUACCCAAACACAAAUUUUAUGUCCCCAACACCCCCAUUCCUAGCACUUUGGAGGACUCCUACCAAACUCCUAGUAGGCCUUUCUGGCCUCUCUUCCUAUUCU